UACAGAGGCCCCACUCCAAAACGCGAUUUCCUCGCCGACUGGGUUUCCCAAAACGACGACGUCGUCCGCUCCCUCCCAAUCUAUGUCGGCUCGGCUUCCCUCUUCGCCGUCCUCCUCAACCGCGCCCUCUCCGGCAUCGCCCCCGUCGCCGACGCCGGCAGUUCGCAGUCCAGAGCUGACCUCUUGACUUUGGGAUUGGCGGUUACCAAUAUUUUGACUGGCCUCGUUUGGCUUUCAAUAAAACCUAAGUCUAUAACUGUGGUAAAUCCUCGAGGAGUUGAAUGCAAGAGAUUUUGCACUACACUUCCUGAAGUUGCACUUAAUGAGUUGCUUUGGGUGUGGGAAUCUCUGUCAGAUGCCACUUGUUGUCGUUCGCUCGUUGUUGUUUAUGAGAGAUCUUGUGUACUCCAAAUAGGUUUUGCUGCAGAUUCUUCUGCUGGGAAUGGUGAGGCUGUAAGUGUGGAUGCCAAUAAAUUGAUGCAAGGAUCAGUAUACGAGGGAGUUAUGAAAUCUGGUGCUCAGAGUUACUUGGCAAAUUUAUCUCUUUAUCCUGGAAAAUCUGAGCUGCCAUUUCUACCUUUAAAUACUCAGGCAGUAAUUUUACAGCCACUUGGAGAUAAAGGAAUUGCAAUUAUCGGUGGUGACACGAUACGAGGUUACACUGCUUCUGAUCAGGCAUGGAUCACUUACAUUGGAGAGAAGCUGGAUUCUACCCUUGCAAAAUAUGUGAAGCAUCACCCUCUGACUUCUCAAGAUUAAGUUUAAGAGAUUUGCGAGGUGGCCUCUCGUUCAUGUUUUUACUUGAUUUUAAUGGAAAUAAACCCUCGACCUUUUGCCGAGAUUUUUAGGAUAAGAGGCUCAUAUUGGUCGCAUGUAUAUGUUAUCCAUUUUUCAAGGCAGUGCUCAGAUUAUUAGUCAGACUAAUUGUAUACAUAAGCUCAUUUCAGAGAUUUUCAUUUGUAAACAUACAACGCCACAGUCUUCCAUGUCCUUCCUUUCAGAGAUAUAUAAUUAAUUCUGUUGUGGCUUGACCACAACCUUUUUUCCA